CGGAAUCCACAUUUUGUGGGUGGGAUUUAGCUACCGUCCAUCUUUAGUGUACUGUACAGGCAGAUUGACGAAAAGAAAACAAAAUUUGGAAGUAAAGAAGACUGGGGAAAUAGUUUUAGUUCUAAUUGAAAGAGACAAACGAAAAGCCCAAACCCUAGACGGUAUGAGGACAUUGUCGUAGUGAAGCCAUGGCUGAUAAGAGAAAACUUCAAGGUGAAAUUGACAGAUGUUUGAAAAAGGUAGCUGAAGGCGUAGAACAGUUUGAAGACAUUUGGCAGAAGCUUCACAAUGCAGCCAAUGCCAACCAAAAGGAAAAAUAUGAGGCAGACCUUAAAAAAGAGAUUAAAAAGCUACAGCGAUUGAGGGAUCAGAUAAAAACAUGGGUGGCAUCAAAUGAGAUCAAAGACAAAAGGCAGCUAGUGGAGAAUCGCAAGGUCAUAGAGACGCAAAUGGAGCGGUUUAAGGUGGUAGAGCGGGAGACAAAGACGAAGGCCUACUCUAAAGAAGGCCUGGGGCUCGCCCUGAAAGUGGACCCAGCUCAGAGGGAGAAAGAAGAGACGGGAAACUGGCUAACGAAUACGAUAGACACUCUAAAUAUGCAGGUGGACCAGUUUGAGAGUGAGGUGGAAUCCCUCUUCAUUCAAACCAGGAAGAAGAAAGGAGAGAAAGAGAAGCAGGAUCGCAUUGAGGAGCUAAAGAGGUUUAUAGAAAGGCAUAGGUACCACAUUCGCAUGCUGGAGACCAUCCUGCGCAUGCUAGACAACGACUCGGUGCAGGUGGACUCCAUCCAGAAGAUCAAGGACGACGUGGAGUACUACAUGGAGUCGUCACAGGACCCAGACUUUGAGGAGAACGAGUUCAUUUACGACGACCUGGAUCUGGAGGACAUCCGUGAGUCGCCCAUGGACAGCCAGGAGCUCGAUGACGAGUCCUGGGAUGAUCAUGAUGAUGAUGCUCAUGCUAUCAGCUCUGCAGCACUGGUGGCCACCUCUCCAACGGGCAUGGGGAACAUAGAGGAUGAGAUGUUCCUCCACUCGAGCAGCACUCCCACCUCCACCACCUCCUCUUCCCCCAUCCCUCCAUCCCCGGCCACCUGCACUGCUGAGAACUCUGAGGACGAUAAGAAGAGAGGGCGGUCGACAGACAGGGACGUUAGUCAGUCUCCUGCGAAGAACGGCACUUCCUCCUUGUUGUUGUCCUUUUCCUCGUCCGCCAAUUCCGGGUCCUCUUCUUCCUCCUCUCUUGUCUCCAUGGCCGCCGUUGUCGGAGGCAACCCUGGGGUUCCCACAAGCAACAGUCUAAUAGGAAGCUUCAGCAGCGCCGUACAACAACAUCAGCCUCAACCUCCACAGCAACCAGUCCUGCAGCCACUGCAACAACCACAACAACCCCAAACAAAACCUUGCACCCCCAGCCCACCCAGCCACCCCCUUCUCUCCACCGCCCCCUCUCUCCCCACACCCACCACACCCAUCUCAGCCUCCCCAAACUCCCUGCCCCAGGUCUCGCCUGGUCAUAUCCUCAACUCCAGCCUAGGCCUUGGGUUGGGCCUGGGUAAAGUUGGCAUGACGGGGACAAGCAGUGCCAACUCAAUGUCUGGUCUGGGCCUGACUGGGAUGUCUGCCUCUCUGAACACCAUGGCAGGCCUGCUCUCUGGGUCCACCCAUGCCCCUUACGCCCAGGCAGCCGCGUUGGGAGGCCUGGGUCUGAGUACCACUACCCAGUCCAGUGUCUCACUGGAGAGCUCCUCCAUCCCCACCUCUUGCUCCAGUGGAGUGACCACCAACGGGGCUGGGACAGGCCUGGGCCUGCUGGGGUCCAGCCCAGCACACGGCUCCCUGACUGGGGGGAUCCUGGGCCUGGUGCCUGGGCAGAGUGUGAUCCCUGGGCCCCCUCUGAUCCCUCUCAGCCCUGUUGGUGCUGCCCCUGGGGGGGCAGUGGGGAUGAUGGGAGGAAACGGAGGAAGCAUGGGGCCAAUCGGAGGAGUAGUUGGGUCGAACGCAGCCCCUGCCAGACCGCCCAGUGGACUGAAGCAGAACGGAAGCACAAGUUACAGUGCUGUGGUGGCAGAGAGCACAGCAGAGUCCGCCUUCAGCACACCCAGCCAAUCACAGAGCAGCCAGCCUUCCUCGCUGACCUCCUCAGCCAGUCAGCCUAUGGACAACGGUCCCAGCCUCAUCAACUCCAUCACCUUGCCCCCCAGCUCUCCGUCCCCCUCGUUUUCCGACAGUAUCCCCGGUGGUGGGAGUCUCCUCAACGGACCCCACUCCUACACACAGGCCUCUGAGGGCCUCAAGCUUCCUACAGACCUCCGUCAGAUACUGAUGGAGACCAGAAUGUCAGCGCAGGCCCCAGAGCCGCCAGGGGCCAUGGCUACAGCCACUAACACACGAAAGAGAAAGCAGUGUCAGGCCCCGGAGCCUCUGAGUUCUCUGAAGGCAAUGGCUGAGAGAGCAGCAUUAGGAUCAGGUCUGGAUGGAGAGAUCCCCAACCUGCACCUCACAGACAGAGACAUCUUCUCUGGUUCGUCAGCUGCCCCCGGCACGCCCGCAGCCCCCCAGCCCUCCCUGUCGGAGGUGAGCAUCCCCCCUUCCCUGGGGGUGUGUCCCCUGGGUCCCACUCCGCUCUCCAAGGACCAGGUGUACCAACAGACCAUGCAGGAGUCUGCUUGGACACACAUGCCGCACCCCUCAGACUCCGAGAGGAUCAGGCAAUACCUGAUGAGGAACCCAUGCCCCACCCUGCCAUUCCAUCAUCAGAUGCCCCCCCACCACUCAGACUCUAUAGAGUUCUACCAGAGACUGUCCACAGAGACGCUCUUCUUCAUCUUCUACUACCUGGAGGGCACUAAAGCUCAGUACCUGUCAGCCAAGGCUCUGAAGAAGCAGUCGUGGAGGUUCCACACCAAGUACAUGAUGUGGUUCCAGAGGCACGAAGAACCCAAGACUAUCACUGAUGAGUUUGAACAGGGCACUUACAUCUACUUUGACUAUGAGAAGUGGGGUCAGAGGAAGAAGGAGGGGUUCACCUUUGAGUACAGGUACCUGGAAGACCGAGACCUGCAGUGACAGAGGGAGGAGAAACGUGCUGCUGUUGACAUUCCGAGACUGACCUAACUCCAUGCUGUGGAUAGAGAUUGUGAUGUGUAGUAGAACCCUGCUCCUAAAAUGGAGGAUGUUGUCUGUAUAGGCAGCGUCUAAUGGCACCCUACUCCCACAGUGUACUACUCCGGCCCAAAGCCCUAGUAGUGGGGAAUAGAACCCCCUACCUAUAACGGGCUCUGGUCAGAAGUACUGUACUAGGGGGGAGUAGGGAGUCGUCACAGAUCUGUGCCUGUCUGAACACUCAGUAUGUGGCAUUACAUUGGGAAGCUCCAUGCAUGUUCCAUGUUGUUUUUGUUUUUCUUUGUUUCAACAACAACAAACUCUGUACUGCCCCCAACUGGAGUAUAGAAGCCUUGGACUAAACAACAAGCAAACAUACAUUUGAUUUGGCUACAUGUGAAAAAAGCCCAUCUUGCUUGAAUUGACUGUAAUUAGUGGUUUAGAAUGGAGACACACAGUUGUCUAGCUAGCCAGCAGACAGGGCUCCUUUUAAGAUGUUAUGAUGCCUGUUGAUUAAGUUCACUAUUAGAGAUAGUGAGUGAUUAUCAAUAGUUUUAUUGAUGUUGUCUUGGUCGAUAAAAAGCUCUGAUUGAGAAUGACCACAUGGCCUCUUCCUUUUGAUGGGGAUAGAGAGGCAUUAUUGGACAUUGGAUUAAAUUGCUAUGCAAUUGAACUGGUCUCUGCCUCCCUCUCUCUUUACAAAUAAAAUAUUUUAAAGUUUAACUGUGAAAGGAAACGCAUCUUCAUUGGGGCAUUAUGUUUGUGAGAUUAGCUAAUAAAGGAUUUGUACCUGAAAGAAGCAGUUGUGUUGACAUGAAGUCUGCCUGAUGAUGUUCAUGGUUUCUAUACCAUGAAGCACCAGCCACUAUUGCCCUUCAAAGUAUAACUACUAGUGGAAGGAUGAGAACAGUAGAAAUAGGAUUAUUCCCUUUGAGUCGGUGUAUACUUACUCAAAAGGGUGUCAACAGUUCUCAGCCUUGCAUGUAGUAAUCUGUUCAACUCAUUUUUAUCCUGUUAUUUUAAAUCGUUUCCAAAAAACCCUGAUUCCGCCAUUCAGGGCUCUGUUCAAUCCGUAUCUCAGAAGUUCAGCGCUAGUGUAAUAAAAAUGUUAAGGCAAUAUUCCCGCGUUCGCAGAGACUGCAUUCACGGUAAAAUGCUGCACGUCGCAUCAAUCGGAAUUACUUUUACGUCUUUAUUGCGCAAUUUGUAACACUUCAGCGGUAGAUUGAAUAGAUCUUCAUUCACUGCAUUAAAUUUACUACUCGUUUAUACCAAGUUAAAUUAUUUACUGUUUUCAUAGAAUAUGAAGCAUGCUUCAACCAUUCAACCUAGAAUGUUCUGAAAAGCUGUUGGUGAAUUUAACUUGGUUAGAUGGAUGAAUCGUGUAUAAUUAAACUAUCAUGAGCGGUCUCCAGUGAUUUAGUUAAUGUAGAGGUUGUCCCUGAGAACAUACACUUCAGUUCUUUCCUGAAAGAGAUUUUUGGAAAAGGAAUCGAGAGAAGUUGAGUUUUACCUUUUAUAAAUUCAAUUUUUGGGCUUUUGAGAAAGGGAAGGCUGAAAUGUGAAUUUCUCAAAAAAAAUAAACUAUUUACUGGCUGUUUUAUCAAAUGAAGUUGUCACGUUUCUGCAUGGGAGAUGUCAUGUGGGGGUAAAACAUGAUUGUAAAAUUUCAAUAAAACACUUUUCUGGAAUUGUGACGAC